UUCUCAGGUAAGGUGAGCUUUUAGAGACUUGAAAGUAACACCAGCAUACAACUUUAUCAGAAAACAUAUGCUUCGUUUUGCUAUAAUUUACCUUUGGAAGACGUAAUUGGGCUUUGGAGUGAGAAUGAGCCCUUAUUUGGCUCUGUGUAAAUACUUCCCUCUGGCCAUAGUUGUGGUCAUAGUUUUCAGUGUGAAUGGAAAGGACCCUCUAUUUGAUUGCCUACAAGACCCAGACUAUGAUGAGCUACUUAGGAUAGUGGACAAGGGUCUCCCCCACACCAACACACCUCAUCAUAUUGCAAUCAUCGGGGCUGGCAUCUCUGGCCUGACGGCAGCAAAGUUUUUGGAGGAGGCAGGACACAAGGUAACCAUAAUAGAGUCAAGUGAUCGAAUAGGAGGACGGGUGGAGACGUACAGACCUAAGGGAGAGCACUGGUACGCAGAGCUUGGUGCCAUGAGGAUCCCUAACUUCCAUACAAUUCUGUUGAAGAUUGCAAACAAUACGGGCCUUAGUCUAAACCCAUUCAUUGAGGAUGACAAUAAUACCUACUAUCUGGUGAAUGGAUUGCUGCACAAAACCUAUGAGGUGAAAGGGGACCCAGACGUCCUCAACUAUACCUUGAAUGAAGAGGAGAGAGGGAAGUCAGCUGAUCAGCUCUUUGAUUUGGCUCUGCAGAAGAUAAGAGAUUAUGUGGAAAGCCAUGACUGCCUUGCCAUGCUGGACAACUAUGACAUGUACUCUGUAAAGGCGUAUCUUGUGAACGAGGUGAAUCUGAGUCGUGGUGCUUUGCGGAUGAUUGGGGAUAUUCUGAAUGAGAACAGUUUAUUCUACACUGCACUCACAGAGGCGCUGUAUGAUCAGUCUGAUAUCAAUGAUGAGACUACCUACUUUGAGGUCACAGGCGGGUUUGACAAACUACCCAAUGCCAUUUGCAAGGACUUGAAGGGCACCAUCCACCUAAAAUCCAAGGUGAAACGUAUCAGUCAGACCAGCAAUAAAGUGACCGUGUCCUACCAGGACCACCAACUCUGGCACAAACCAUCCUCCCUCAGCCACUUGACAGUAGACUACGCCUUGGUGACAGCCACCGCCAAGGCUACACUCUUCAUCGACUUCCAGCCCGCUCUCAGCAUACAAGAUGGAGCGCUGCGGUCGCUGCACUAUGAUAGCGCCACCAAGGUGGUCCUGAUAUUCAGUGAGAGGUUCUGGGAGAAAGAUGGCAUCAAUGGAGGGAGGAGUAUCACGGAUCUGCCCUCUCGUUUCAUCUACUACCCCAGCCACAGAUUCCCAAACACGGACAUUGGGGUCCUCUUGGCUUCUUAUACCUUCUCGGAUGACGCCACCCUCUUUCAUGGGGUGAAUGACGAGGAGCUGCGGGCUCUGGUGCUGGAGGAUCUUGUCAAGAUCCACGGGGAGGGCAUACGGCCGCUAUGCAUCGGAGGAUUGGUGAAGAAGUGGGCGCUGGAUCCCUAUAGUCUUGGGGCGUUUGCCCUCUUCACCCCGUACCAGCAUAUAGACUACGCCUCAGAGCUGUUCAGGAACGACAAAAGGAUCCACUUUGCUGGGGAGCACACAGCCCUGCCUCAUGCCUGGAUAGAGACGGCGAUGAAGUCUGCUCUAAGGGCAGCCAGAAAUAUCAAUAACCUCAGAGAGUAGAGAACAGGUGCAGUACAGUAUACUGUAAUCCACUGGUGAAAGUGUUUUUGCCUACAUAUUUGUGUAUGUGCACUAUUGUCAUGAAAUGCCCUCAUGGGUUGAGGAUCAAACAUUCCUGCUAGGCAAAGGUUUGAACACCCUCUUUCCUGGGGGCCAGUUUUAUGACUUAACAGCUGGUCAUAAAUAGUUUGCAGAAAAGUACUCAUUUUGGUCUCUAUUAUGGGAAGAAAAAAUGUCCCUGUGAGACAAAGGAAGUCUUCCCGCCAAGACUCCAACAUCCAAAAGUGGAAAAUGAAACAAUAUUGCUACUUAAAAGAUUGUGGGAAAUGGUCAGUGGGGAUCUAAAGAAUAAUCAUGUCAUAUUGUUUAUUAUUUUGUGAUGUCAUUAAGGAUG